AUGUUCAGAUCAGCUUCCAAACCACCCUGCGAGGUCGCCAGUCCAGGAGGCCGCCUCCUGUUCGCAGCGGCUAGGCACAAGGUGCCCUGUCACUUCACAUCCAUCCCAACGCCAAACCCCAGCAAACCGAGCUGCCGGGAUCCAGGGGUGAACCUCCUCCAGGGCCACAGCGCCACUCCCAGUGGCCCUGCCUGCAAGAACUCAACUCCAAGAAAUGCAUACCUGAGACACAAUGCAAGGGACCCCCAGCCAGCGCCGCCCGGAGCCCGGGUGUCGGCCACCGUCUCCCCACCGCGCCCUCCGGAGAGCCCACGGCGGAGGCCCGCCAGCCGCGCCCCGGCCCUCCCGCCCGAGGCGCCCCGGCAGAGGGGCCAGGCCGGGGGCCCCGAGCGCCCGCCCCGGCUCCCGAGGGCGCUCCGGCCGGCGGUCGGGGCCCGCCGCCGCCGCCGCCUCCUCCUCACCGCGAGGGCGGCAGCGCCCCGGGCCGGGACGGCAGUGACAACAGCCCCGCGUCCGCCUCACCUCCGGCAGCCCCGCGCCGCCGCCAACCGCCGCCAGCCGCCGCCACCGCCAGCCGCCGCCAGCCGCCUCCCCUCAGCGUCUCCGCCGAGUCUCCGCCUCCCUCAGCAGCCGCCGCCGCCGUUGCCGCCGCCGCCGUUGGGCCCGGCUCUGCGCCACGUGACCGCGCCACGUGACCCGGAGCGGCUGGCAGGCACCUCCCCCCGGCCGGCCUCGCGCCCUCGCGCGCCCCCCUCCCGCCCCCCGCGCCGGGGACCCGCGUCCAGACCGUUAACGCACGCCGGCUCCGGGCUGAGGGGCGCCGCCGGCCUCACCAGCCUGGCCUGGCGCUCUGCCGCGGCUCCUCGGCCGCCUGCCUCCAACGCGCGGAGCCCCCGUCUCCGCAGACUCGCCGGCCCCCGCCCCUCACACUCACGGGCGCUCCCUCAGCUCACACACGCACCCCUGAACACCCACCGGCGCGCGCACUCAAGCCCCACGCACGUGUCACUCGCGCACAUCCCGCAGCCCGCCUCCCAACGGUCACACCGCCUGGGCAGCAGCGAAAACAGCGGGGACCUAGUCCAGUCUGAACCCCGCUCCCUUGAGGGAAUCCUUCCUAAGCCAGGAACGGAAUAG